AGUUGGUUCGAAGACCAACGUUCGAAGGUGUCCACCGAGAAGACGGUAAGAAUGACGAGCGCGGAAGAGAUUGAGCAUUUUUUCCAAGUUGCCAAGUUAUUGACUUUAGAAGCCGCUGAGGUAAUCAAGGACGGCAUCAACGAAUUAAAGGACAUAGAGACGAAAUCAUCCGACAAGGACCUCGUCACUAAAUAUGACAAAGAAGUUGAGAGGCUGCUGUUUGAAAAAUUGUCAAACGAAUUUCCGGACCACAAAUUUAUCGGAGAGGAAACAUCGUCGACUAAUAAAGAAAUCCCCGAACUUACGGAUGCACCAACGUGGAUAAUAGACCCGAUAGACGGGACGACCAAUUUUGUUCACCGUUUUCCUCAGAUCUGCAUUUCAGUUGCUCUGGUGAUAAAUAAAAGGCUUGAAAUAGGAAUCAUCUAUAAUCCGUGCUACGAUGAGAUGUAUACCGCGAAGAAAGGUCAGGGUGCCAGUUUGAACGGAAAGUCUAUUCGACCAUCGUCAACAAAAGAGUUGAAAAAAUCACUGGUUAAUUUGGAAACUUCGGCGUUAUUCACUACAUCUAAAACUGACAUUGGAUUAGCACGUUUCAAUGCUAUAAUCGAGGUUGCUCACGGAGUGCGCACGAUAGGUUCUGCCGCUUUGGCUUUAGCUUUCGUAGCCAGAGGGAUAAUCGACGUAUUUCACAUGGACGGACUCAAGUCUUGGGACGUUGCCGCGGGUUGUCUUAUCUUAACGGAAGCUGGAGGCACCAUCAUCGACACAAAAGGUGGGAUCUUCAAUUUUAUGGCUCCAAAAGUUAUCGCAGCGGCCAACGAAGUUUUGGCCAUAGAAACUUCGAAGUUAAUAAUAGAGACGGAUCUGAAGACGCUAAGAAAACGAUUGAAAAAGAAUUGAAUAUGGUAUUCUACAAGCACUAU